AUGUUCUUCUGCAACGCCAGCACUUUUGCACACCCUACCUUCCUCCUCACUGGCUUUCCAGGCCUGAAGGCCUUUCACCAUUGGGUAUCUAUCCCCAUCAACUUGAUCUGUGUGGUUUCCAUCCUGGGCAACAGUAUCAUCCUCUUCCUGAUCCACACAGACCCAGCCUUACACAAACCCAUGUACAUCUUUCUGUUCAUGUUGGCAGCAUCUGAUCUGGGUCUCUGUGCCUCUACCUUCCCCACCAUGGUGCGGCUCUUCUGGCUAGGUGCUUGUGAAUUACCCUUUGACUUCUGUGUAGCACAAAUGUUCUUCAUUCAUGCCUUCACCUUUGUGGAAUCUGGUGUGCUGCUCGCCAUGGCCUUCGAUCUCAUCAUUGCUAUCUGGAACCCUCUGCACUAUGCCACAAUCCUUACCCACUCAGCCAUGGUCAAAGUGGGGACUGCCAUUCUAGUGAGGGCUGUUCUGCUCAAUCUUCCAGGACCCAUCCUCCUGCGGCGUCUGCUCUUUCCCCAGAUCAGCAUACUCUCGCACUGCUACUGCCUGCACUGUGACCUCAUAGGGCUGGCCUGCUCAAACACCGGGGUCAACAGCCUGGUUGGCCUGGUCUCCAUCCUCCUCUCACUGGGCCUUGACUCCUCCCUUAUCAUGCUCUCAUAUGCACUGAUCCUACAGACAGUGCUGGGCAUUGCAUCACCUGGGGAACGGCUCAAGGCACUCAACACGUGUGUCUCACACCUCUGCAUUGUUCUCAUCUUUUAUUUGCCCAAACUGGGUCUGUCUGUAUUGCACCGGGUAGAGAAGCACAGCUAUCCUGCUCUAGCAGUGCUCAUGGCCAACCUGCACUUUGUGGUCCUGCCUUUCAUGAACGCCAUUGUCUACUGCAUCAAGUCUAAGCAGAUCUGCCAGGGCCUCUUAAAGCGUUUCCAACAGAAGAGAGUUGAUGUCUCCUAAAAUAGCAAAAGGACCAAGGGCACCUUGGAAUUCAUAGGGGAGUGAGAGUAAUGGUGAAGAGUUAAUUUCUGAGAUUUCUGAAUGAUCUUACCUUUACUGUUGAGCUCUUUGUGGGGCAUUAUCAGUCUCUACAGUUUUUAGAGACUGAGACUCCAAACCUCCAAAAAAUUAUAAUUUUAGGAGACUGAGAAUUUGAAAUACCACCUUGAUAAUCCUCUCAUUGCUCUGUCUGACUAGAGCCCAACUAUUUUAGUUUCACAUAUGCUGUGACAUCUCCUUACCUAGGGGACUUAACCACACUAACAGAGGAUGUGUGUGUAUAUCUCUUCUUUCCCUAGUUGAUUUUUUGUUUGUUUGUUUUCCCAUUUGAUUUUUAAGCCUAAAGAAAAGAAGAAGUGAUAAACUAUAUUUACCUUUGUACUGGCCUCUCCUCCCAAAUUAUUAUUAAUCAGCUCAUCUACUAAGAAGUAGAAAAGUGGGAGGGGGAGAGGGAAGGAGAGAUACAUACAACAACACUGCACAUGUUGAAUUUAUCAAGCACUUAUUUGCAGCUAAGUUUUCUUUGUGUGUGUCCCUGCUGUGAACUAAAGUUUGGUCCUGCCAAGGCCAGGAAAGCUGCUCCCUAUAACUGUUAUAUAGCACUGGUUUCUUAAGGACCAAUUGUAAGGGUGGAAUAGCUGCUCAUCUCUGAGUGGGAGAAGCAGCCAAUCGACUAGGAUGCAAACUCCAUGAGGGUAGGAAUUCAGGGGCUGUUUUGUUCAAUGAUGUGUCCCAACUUCCAAAAACUGUGCCUACAAUAUAGUAAGUGUCCAAUGCGUAUUGUCGAACAAUUGAGUAGGGAGGAUGAAGGGACAGAAGUUUCUUGUCAGCUGAUACCUCAGAAAGAAAGAGGAUUGGGAGAUAUGAAUGUCUGGAUAUGAGGGUAACAAGCAAUUGAUUGGCAAGAGCAGGAUGAAGUAAAGAUGGAUGUCAGAGACCUUGGGACAAAGUAUGAUUCUCCCUGUGCCACAUGGUCAAGAAGAUGGUUUCUAAUGGCAGAGCUCAGAGGGAAGAUAAGUUUAUUGUGGAGCAUUUUCUAAAGUUGCCUCCCAACUUUCAGGAGGAGACUUAUCUAGAAACUGAAGGAUGUCUCACCCCAUCACUGGCUUUGCCUUUGGUCUGCUAAAUCCUAAAAUGUUCAUAAAUUUUUUAAUGCAUUGGAAUAGGAAUAUUCCUGGUGGAAAAUUACUAC